AUCUAGUUACCUUUGAUAAUAAACAAUUGUUUUAAACACAUUUGAAAGAUUUGUCACCAAGGUAUUAGAAUUAAAAACAGUUUUCAAUAGGUAAGACAAUUUUAUUUUAUCUGUUUCCAUUGUCACUAGAAAUUCCAACGUUUUAACGGGGUUUUCAAAGGGUAAAAGAUUAGAAGCAAAAACUGCCUUGAAGAAAUUCAAAAAUAGAGCAGCGCAAAAACUGAUGCAUAUAAAAAUUUUCAACAGUCACACAGUUUAUCAUGAUUUCUUUACACAUUUUGGUAAAACAAAAAAUUUUGUCUAUCAAAAGCCUGAAGGUUAUGGAUUGGAGGGUUUAAUAAAUGUAAAUCAUAUAAUUAAAGCAUUCUUUUUGAGAUUGAGUAAACAGAAAACACAUCAAGAAAUUGCAGAGGAAAAACGUCUGUAUUUAGUACAACUCUGCAAAGAAAAUCAAUAUUUUCGUAAUGUAAUUAUUUCUCCAGCUGAGGCUAAAAAGAGGAAGAACUUGAUAAAAAGGAAGUUUUGGUCUAUCACCAAUAUUCCUUUAAUGGGGUUGUUCUCAAAAAGAAAAAAACAGCUACUAGUCUACUCCAAACUUCCAGCGUGUAAUGUAUACUUAAAGAAGCAAGCGAAUUUAAGAAAUCAAGAUGUCAAGAAACAUCUCAUAUCAUCAUCAGAGUGUGUACAAUUCAAAAGAUAUAAGUAUGAAGAAGCUGAAGAAAAUUAAUUUUUUUACCAUAUUUUUUUACAUUUCCUGCCAGUUUGGGUACCAGACAACUAAAGAACCCUAAAGAUCCAUUUUAUUAAUAAACUUCUUUAUUUAAGGUAUAAAAGGAAACAAACAUUACGUUUUAUAACUUUGGUUAGAGAAGUUUUUUAAUAGAAUAGAACAUUAGGGUUCUUUAAGUGUCUAAUACCUAGACUGAAAGAAAAUUGUUUUUUUAAGUACUAUAAAUUACUGCUAUAUAAAUGUUUAGUUAAAUCUCGUAUUAUUUUUAUACAAUUGUAAAUAAAUUAAACUAUCUUUGUAUCUAGUCUAUUUAUAUUACACCCUUAUGACAUCUGUUAAUUAGAAAAAUGUUCGAAAAUAAACUAAUUUUUAAUUA